GUGGUGAGGAGGGCAUGAGUCACCGUCCCCGGGUUCACGGAUGUGGGUGAAUACUACAAAACAAAAAGUUAUUAGACAAAUGGGUGUAACUGAAAACUUCGCACUGAUUGGACCCAGACUGUGAGAGAGAUUAGUUAACGUGACAUCUACGCAGUUGCUAAAACCAGGUUGUUUUCUCACUGUCAGAAAUGGCGUACAGUUUUAUCUCCAGGUCGUUUCGGGUUCAUGCAUUCAGAGCGCUAUGGAAAAGUGAUGUCAAGGUGAGUGCUGCCUUAAAGCCUGAAAACACAAGACAUUUCUCCAGCGAUCCUCCACAUGACAGAAUCAGUCGUUAUCCCAUUCCCAACAAAAAAGCUCUGCCCUAUGACAUGGUGGAACUCAUGGAGGAAGUGGAGUCCAAGAGUGGCUUUUUACCCAACGUGUUUAAAGCUCUUUCCCACAGACCUGCAGAGUUCAGAGCUUUCUUUUCUUACUACAAUGAACUGAUUAACAAAGAAACAGGAAACCUAACCAAGGCAGACCGUGAGCUGAUUGUUGUGGCAACCAGUAUUCAUAAUAAAUGUCUCUAUUGUGUAAUUUCCCAUAGUGCAAUGCACCGUAUCUACUCAAAGAAACCCACUGUUUGUGAUCAGGUGAUUGUUAAUUACGAGACAGCAACACUUACACCUCGAGAGCGAGCAAUGCUAGAUUUUGCUCUGGUAGUGUGUCGUUGUGACACGAUCACAGACGAGCACUUUCAGUCUUUAAAGGAUGUGGGAUUUGAUGAAGAGGAUGCCUGGGAUAUUGCUGCACUUGCUGCUUUCUUUGCAAUGUCCAAUCGACUCGCCCACCUCACCGACAUGAGGCCAAACCUGGAGUUUUACAAUAUGGGCCGUGUCCCAAGAGAAAAGGGAAAGGACAAGUGAGAUGUAAAUGUAACUAAUGUCUAGUGUUUUGGUAAGUGUUGCAUGGUCUGUUACUUUUUAAUUAAUAAAAAUUAAAUCAUGGUUAGGAUUGAGAUGGAGCCACUCAUUUCUACCACCAGAUGGAGCCACACACAUCUGAUGGUAGCACUUAAAUGAGAAGUCUCCUUUGAGGCAGUUGUCCUAAAUAGCCCUGAGCUUAAAUUAAUCACUUAGCCAAAGUAUUUCUGACACAUUAAAACACACAUUAAAAAUAUAUCUAGGCCUAUGUUUGUUCAGAAUGUACCAUCCCAUUUUAUCAUACUAAUUUCUUGCUCAAAUCAAAUGUGAUUUUUAACCUAUGUUUUCUUCUUUUGUUGCACAAAUUUGUAUGGACAUUACACUUUUGUACUAAAGUAAAUAAAUAAAGGAUUAAACCUGCUUCCUUCUGUU